GGGUUGCAACAUGGCCGUCUGUUAGUCGGUAUCGAACCGUCGUGCUUGCGAGGUGUAUCUGUGGUGAUGAUAUGCCGAGUUCACGGGGUGUCGUUACAGAAAGACUUUUGUUAAAUAAAAAAAUAAUUAUUUUAAAAAUAGUCCAAGUGCCGAAGUUAAAUGGCCGGUAAUUUAAAAACGUCAAUGGUAUGGGUGGUGAGUUAAUUUAACGUCGACAAAAAGGAUCAAAAUAAAUAAUCGACGCGGAACGAAAGACUGAAAUAGAGAGGAUUGAACAAGACAUCUAUUGUUUCUCAAUACAAUAAUAAUAUUUAAUAAUAAUAAUUAUAAUAAUAAUACUGAAACAAAAAUGGAAUCAGCUGGUACGCAGGGUAAAAAACAAAUUCGCGUGGGAUUUUAUGAUAUCGAGGGUACGAUUGGUAAAGGAAAUUUUGCAGUUGUCAAAUUAGCUCGGCAUCGUAUUACCAAAACGGAGGUUGCCAUUAAAAUAAUCGAUAAAACAAAAUUGGACUCGACAAACUUGGAAAAAGUUUACCGCGAAGUUGAAAUUAUGAAACAACUUGAGCACCCGCAUAUUGUUAAAUUAUACCAGGUUAUGGAAACAAAGAACAUGAUUUAUAUGGUGUGCGAGUACGCGAGUAAAGGUGAAAUAUUUGAUUAUAUUGCACGUUAUGGUAGAAUGGGCGAGUCUCGUGCACGUGCAACAUUUGCACAAAUUUUAUCAGCCGUCGAGUACUGUCACAAUACUGGUGUAGCUCAUCGUGAUUUAAAGGCCGAAAAUUUAUUACUCGAUGAUCACAUGAACGUUAAAAUCGCAGACUUUGGGUUCAGUAAUCGAUUUGUACCCGGGGAAAGAUUGAGCACUUGGUGCGGCAGUCCACCUUACGCUGCACCGGAAGUUUUUCGGGGCAAACAUUAUGCCGGACCUGAAAUAGAUGUAUGGAGCUUAGGAGUUGUCUUGUACGUUUUGGUAUGCGGGGCGUUACCUUUUGACGGAUCUACUCUUCAGUCGCUGCGUGACCGUGUUCUGAGUGGUAGAUUUAGAAUUCCAUAUUUUAUGAGCAAUGAUUGCGAAAACUUAAUACGUAAGAUGUUAGUAUUAGAGCCAACAAAACGAUACACAAUUCCACAAAUAAAAAGGCAUCGUUGGCUUAUUGGUACCGCCGAUUCCGUUUGUCCAAUAAUUACGACGAUACCAUCAGCUCUGCAAGAGCCCAACGAACAAAUAUUAAGAGUCAUGCAAAGUUUAGGAGUAGAGAUUCCUCGUAUCAAAGACUCAUUGAAAAAUAACAGCUACGAUCAUUCCGCUGCAAUAUAUUUUUUGCUGCUUGAAAGACUGAAGCAACACCAAAGAGACAACAUCACAACAAAUAACAGCAGCAGCGCGUGGACCGCGUCACGGGCUAGAGACGACAAGUUUAAGUCAAGAGCAAGAGAUGACGGGAGAAGUGGGAAAAGGUUCAGCUCGACGAGCUCAUCAACCGACGAAGGAUGUUGCAGCGCCGAGGGCGAUCUCGAAGAGGGUCCAAGUGGGGAUGAGCUCCGUGACGCACAAAUAAAACUUCAGGAGCACAGACUGGGAUUAGAUCAAGACAUAAGCCAGCGAAUUGACAGCCAGAUAGUUAACCGCCGGCUAAGUGAUUAUCAGCAUCACCACUUUGAUAACAUCCUUGAUCCCAUCGACCCUCCGUGCCGCACUACUAUCUUCGGCCCUGGAUGUGGCGGCAGCUCAUCUUCGGAUCUGUUCGAGUCAAGUUUCGAUUCCGGCUGCCCGUCUGACCUGACAAUUACCGGAUUUACAAGCAGUCUACCGUCGUGUACCCCACCGCCGCCCAAAAGUCCGUCACCAAUUGCCGCCAGGUUGUCAAGAACAGGACAAGGAAGGCGAGCAUCUGAUGGCGGACCUAGACUACUCUUUGGGCAGCAAAAUAAUUCUGCCGAACGACCUACCAAACAACGCAGCAUUCAAGAUUCAGGAAAAGCACGUGGACAUUUAGAUCUGGUUCAUCUGCGUCCAAGCUCGACGUCACCAAGCCAGCAACCGUUUAAAAUACGCGCGGACUCUAGUAUGCAUCUCCAGUUGAUGGUGCAGCAGAGAAUGCUGCAGCAGAAAAGAAAUAUGUAUCACAGGCACCGUGGUGGUGUCAGUCCUACCCCACUGUCUAAUGUCGGUGACAGCGCAGUGUCUUCAGCCUCGUCAUCCUCAUUGUCAAGGCGCAAUAUCGCUGGCGAUCAUGUACCCAGACAGGACAGCUACAAAUUGGCGCAACGUAAACAAAUAUUGCCACCGCUGUCACAAGCUCAGGACGACAAUGACACUGAUGAAUUUGAACGCGAACGCGAGCGUGAAGAAGAACGAUGGAAAAGUUUGCCAUCGAGACUCGCAACUGACUGCCAAUUGGCUGAACGUACAAUGCUUUGGAGUCAACAGGUUGGUUUAAGUGGAGGUGCUUCAUAUCUACCUCCAGGAAGCAUCGGAGCAGGUUUCCUCUGGCCGGUUGGAGCCAACCCACAUGCGACGAUAUUCGAAAAUACCGGCGACCCGAUGGAGUAAAUUAUAGAAUACGAUAUUAGAAUUACAGAACCGUCUCUGAUUACAUUGAGGCAAGAAAAAAUUUCAACACUGACGUAAUUACAAAUAAACCAUCCAUUUUAUUGAAUACGCUGUAAAAAAUCGGGAUUUUAUUUAAACCUGAACUCGCUUGGAGUUCUGGAGUUUAAUAAAAAAUUACUCCGCGUACGGAGUAAAUGGGGAGUUUGUUUUUGCAGGAGUGAUUUUGGAGGGAACUGGAUUUUAUUUAAAUUCGUAUUCCGAUUUGGAGUUUUAAAAUUAAAAUAAACUCUGGUUCGGAGUAAAUUUUACUUUAAGGGAGUAAAUAAAUAGUCAUCUAUUCCGCAUUCACUCCAAUUCAGGGUUUAAAUUUUAAAAUAAACUUCUUUUACGAGUGAAAUUUACUCCGAACCAGAGUUUUAAUAUUAAAAUAAACUCCUCUUCAAAGUAAAUUUCACUCUAAGGAAAUUAAAUAAAUAGUCAUCCGCUCGACAUUAACUCCGAUUCGGAGUAAAAAUUCCCUUUAGGAGUGAAAUUUACUCCGAACCAGAGUUUUAAUAUUAAAAUAAAUUCCCCUUCGGAGUAAAUUUCACUCUCAGGAAUGAAAUAAACAGUCAUCCGCUCGGCAUUAACUCCGAUUCGGAGUAAAAAUUCCCUUUAGGAGUGAAAUUUACUCCGAACCAGUUUUAUUAUUAAAAUAAACCCCCCUUCGGAGUAAAUUUCACUCUCGGGAAUUAAAUAAAUAGUCAUCCGCUCGGCAUUAACUCCGAUUCGGAGUAAAAAUUCCCUUUAGGAGUGAAAUUUACUCCGAACCAGAGUUUUAAUAUUAAAAUAAACUCCCCUUCGGAGUAAAUUUCACUCUAAGGAAAUUAAAUAAAUAGUCAUCCGCUCGACAUUAACUCCAAUUCGGAGUAAAAAUUCCCUUUAGGAGUGAAAUUUACUCCGAACCGGAGUUUUAUUAUUAAAAUAAACCCCUUCGGAGCUAAUUUUGUUCCUAGGAAAUAAAAUAAAUAAACUCAUCCGCUCCGCAUUCACUCCGAAAUUUUUUUACAGCGUAAAAUGUCAAGAUUAUUUAGUUCGUUUCACUCGAUUAUUAAUAUCUUGUCUUUAUCCAAGAGUACGAGUAGGAAAAUUUAUUUAUAAACAAUAAUAAUAAUAAUAAAACGAUGUUCGAUUGCUAUAAAUAUCAUCCCCUGUCUUAUCAUAAUAAAAGAUAAAAAAAGAAAAAAAAAUCGACUGAGGAAUUAAAAUCAUCGCAUGUAAUUUAGUAAAUUAAAUUACUAUAGACUGAUCAUUUAAUUAUAAUUAUAAUAUUAUAUUAAUUAAUUGGUAAAUAUCAAUGUAAUUAGUACUUGUAACGAUCAUCUUUUUUGUAAAUGAUUAAAAAUUUAACUGUCAUUUUGACAGUUAAUUUUUACCUUAAGAUGUUAUUCGUUUGUUAGAUAAAUUAUAUAAAUUAUAUAUAUACAUAUAUAUCUUAUCGUACUGCCAAUCGAGUAUUUUACUCGAGUCUUUAUCAUUAUUUAUACACAUUUGUAAGCUCAAUAUUUCGACGUGUUAAGUAAAAUAUUAAUUAUUUAUUAACUUAUUUAUCAAUUGUAAUUAAUUUUAUUAUUUUAAUUGUAUAAAUAUAUUUAUCUUUACACGUUGAUAAACUGAGUGCUUACCAUAAUGGUAAUUAGUCAAUAAUUAAUAAUUAUAUAUAAUAAAUUGUCGGCCGAUUUAAGUCUCACACAAAGAAAGCUCAAUAAUUAAAAAUAUAAAUAAUAAAACGCAUUGAGAUUUGACGAGUUACUUUUUGUGGGAAAUAUUUACGAGCUUUUAAAUCAUAUAUAUAUAUAAAAAAAAGUAAUUACAAUUAAAAGCAAUAUAAGUUGCGCACAACCGACAACGAUUUAAAAUAUUUGUUUAAUUAAACUCACGAUCUUUAUACAAAACUAUAACAAUCAAACGUCGCUCAGAAAUAAAUACAGAAACAGAAACAGAAUUUAUUUAAUUUAAAAUAACAAUAAACUUUUUUUACAACUGAAUGAAUGCUUGAGAUAAUUAACAUCGAACUACUCUGGAAAAAAUUAAAAAACAAACUUAUAGUUGAUCUUCAAGUAAAUAUAUAAAUUAAAAAUACUUAUAAUUAGCCGUAGAUUAGGCGUGAAUGUAAUCCUCGUUGUUCGUCCAUCAGCAAAAUAAAAUACUCGCCAAAUAAAAUUGUUAAUGAAAGAAUGAAUUAAUAAAAUAAAUGUAUGAGAAUGUGAUAUAUCCAUACGCAAUACAAGGUCUAAUGUAGUCAAUAACAUCAAAUAUUUUUUAGGAUUAUUGUUAAUAUCAUUGUACUAUGGACAAAGAGUUCCUGUCGCCAUAUCAGAGUUAAACAAAUUAUUGCUGUAAUAAUAAUUAUGAUAAUUGUAUAGCGAUUACAAAAAAAUUAGCCAGUGGAUUGAUUAACUUGAUAUUAAAUGAUCUAAUGUACGUAAAGUGCACGUAGAAUCUUAUAUAUAUAUGAAUAUAUAUAAAGUACCCGACUGCCAGUCCCCUAUCAGGAUCCAGCCCUUUUAUAUAUUUUAUUAACGAGUUUAUUUUGAGGUCAUUUUCAAAAAUACCCCCUACUUUUUUUAAAUAUGCAGUGAUCGAACUGUCACAACAGUAUUCAAAUUUUGUUGAUUAAUUUUGAAGAAAUUAAAUCAUUAAUUGGAAAAAGACUGACAAUUUUGCCGAGGUAUAGAUUUUUUAAAAAAUUACUCUCAGUUAUCAAUUAGGAGUCAAAUGAAAUUUGGUGAUUAAAUUUUAGUAAAAUCUUGGGGUCAGUGUAGUUUGAAAAAAAAUUUUAAUUAUUAUUAUUAAUUUUAUAAUAAGAAAUGUAACUUUUAGUGUAGUAGCCGUUAAAAUUUUUUAUCAAAUUUCGUUUGACUCCUAAUUGAUGUCAAUUGUAAAUAAUUUUUUUGAAAUUCUGUCGGCGAAAUUGUAAUUACGUUGUCUUUUUUAAAUUAAUGCUUUAACUUAUGUUUAGUUAAUUAAUAAAAUUUUAAUACGGUUAUGACAGUUCAAGAUCAUUUAAUAUUUUAAAAAAAGUGGGGGGUAUUUUCUAAGAAUUACCGUAAUUAAUUAAAAAAAAAUUACAGUUGUCAUCAAUACCACAAUUAGAAUUUUAAAAUUUUGUGACAAAAAUCUAUUUACCAAAUUUUGCUGUGCUCCUAAUUAAUAACCACUGCAAGUAAUUUUUUUUUAAUUAAUUAAUAAAACUACUACGGUUAUGAGUCAUUAAAUAUUUUACAAAAGCGGGGCACUGUCUGGGAAUCCCCUUAAAAAUUAAAUUAUUUCA